CUAAUUAUACGUGUUGUUUGGAUGUAAAAUGAGUGCCUACUUUGCGGACAUCGAUGCCGUCUGUUCCGCGCUCGGCUGGCUGGAUGGCGAUGUGUACCGGAUGGAUCCGGAGGCAGUGCAAGGCUUGAAGCAUCUGAUCUGGAUCCUGAAGCAGGACCGACCGUCGCACGAAUGCCGUCGAUACAUAGGUGGCAAGCGUAUCGUGCAGACCGACCUAAUUCCGAUGGUGAUCAGCAAUUUCGACAAGCCGGAUGUGGUCGAUGUAUUGCUGCGGUUGUUGGUUAAUCUGUCCUUUCCGACGCUACUGCUGUACAACGGUAACUAUCCUCGCGAUGCAGUGGAACAGAGGAAGUAUAUCCGGCUGAUAGAGAUAUGCGAGGAGUACAAGGAAGCGUUUUCGUCGAAGAGUUUCUGGUCGGUGUUGGGCGAUCGAUUGGAGAAGAUCUUGCAUACGGAUUGGGCACUACGCAGCGAAGCAGAUGGUCUCAUCAUCGAACGUAUCCUGGUGCUAACACGAAACGUUCUUCAAGUGCCAGCAAACGUGGAAAAGGAGAAGCGCUUCGACAACGAUGCCAGCCAGCACGAUUGUCUGCUGUGGGCACUUCAUCAAGCUGGCAUACUGGACAUCAUUCUGUACAUUCUUGGCUCGCCGCAUGAAAACCGCUACCUCAUACACACGCUCGAGAUUCUUAGUCUGGCAUACCGCGAGCAGUCGGCCGUUCACCUGGCCGAUGCCACCCUACAGCGGACCAACAUCGAGAAGAAGUCGGACGAGUUGAUGCUGAUAAAGGCAAGACAACCGACGGCGGCCGAUGCGGCCGCACGCAGAAAACCCACCUCGAUGCGCCAUUCGCGGUUCCGUGGGACCUACACGUACAAUAAUCUUAAAUCCAUUUCGGACAGCGAUGCAGUUUGCCAUCAGGCGUUGGGGAAGAUCAUGCGGAUGGAGUUUAGUGCAGAGAAGCAUCGUCAGAAGGUUUCCUUCCGGCAAGCGAAGGAAACGGAAACGCUCGAGCGAAAAAGCAUCUUCUCCGUGCGUCUCUUCCUGCGUGAGUAUUGCAUGGAGAUAUUACGGGUUUACAACAAUAUGGUGCGACAGGCCCGACGCCAUCUGGACCAGCAUGGUACGUCGGUGUCUGAAUUCCACGAUGAUUCGUACCUUCUGUGGGUGAUAAGGUUCUUUCUCGAAUUUAAUCGACAUAGCGGAUUUAAAAUUGAACUCGUGAGCGAAUCACUAAGUGUGGACACUUUCCACUGGACCAUCACGCGCAUCGAAACGUACUCCGAAAACAUCGUAUCGGAUAAAACGCGUAAAUCGAUCUGGGCCCGACGACUCCAUCUUACUGUGCAGACGUACCGGGAGUUGCUCAACAAUUUGUAUGUGCUUGCCAAAUCGAACGAUCCGAAUGCGUCUGAGCUGCUUUCCGUGCUGCAAAACAACAUCUUUUACGUGGUGGAGUAUCGCGAAACGGCUAUACAUUUGCUGAACAACUUCAAAGACUCCGUCCAUACAAGAGCCUUUUUGAGGGAUGUUGUUGAAGUUGCACACCUCUUCUUCAGCAUGCUGCAACGCUUCUGUAAGGGAACGGUUCGGGUACAGCAACGUGUGAAGGCCAAGCCCAAGAAAACGGCAAAAAAACAAACCCGAAAGGAGAAAACGGAAGAAGAGCAGGUUGGUUGAGUUUUUGACAUCUUUUUCAAACAGGAAGAUGCGGAAAUGCGCUGGCUGCAGGAAGCACCAACAGUGGCAGCAUUGUUGGAAAAUAGCGACCUAAAGCAAGAAGAACUUCCAACUCCAUUCGACGCUGCUUCGUCCGUCCCGGUUGACGAACAAAAAGGUGAAUGUGUGAAACGCAUACAUGCAUUGCUUCGUGAUAAGCAGUACGAGCAGGCAAUCAAAAUGUUAUAUGCAGCAAGAUCGGUUUGGACGUUGGAUGAUUGCUUUGGCAGCGAGACGGCUAGUCCGGACGAGGAUUUGCUAACGCUUCGGGACAUAUUUAGUGCAAAUUUAUCUUCUGACACCGACAAGGAAGAUAAUGAUGGAAAUUUAGCGAACGAUUCAGACGAAGAAGGUGAAGAGGAAGAAAGACAAGUGCACAGUGAGGAAAAAGAUUUCAAAUUUGAAGACUUUUCCAAAAGACUCGUGGAUCACAGAGUGGUUUACGCGUGCACCACCGUACUAACUGAUUGGGAGAAGAUAAAAACCCCGUGUCUGAAGGCAGCCGUUACUCUCCUGUAUCGGAUUUGUGUUGAGCAUAAAAUGCCGUCUAUGCUGUUCCAGAUUUCCCUUCUGCGAGUGUUUCAGGGUGUGUUGAACGCACCCGAGGACGAACAUUCACGCGAACUGCGUCGUCUUGCGAUUCAUACGGUGCGCCAAUUGCAGCAGAAAGUGCUCUCUGGAACACCAGACGAUGGUGGACUUUUGUUCGCUGAGCUGCUCUUUGCUAAAUCGACGCGUAUUGCUGGUGCCAUUGAAAUGGGCUACGAUGAAGUGUUUGGAGACACAGACAGAGGAACGACUGCUUCCAAGAAGGCGUGGACUGAAGAACAGGAGGCGGAGUUGCAUCGCUUGUUUAUGGAAAAUCAAGAAAAUCCCAGUUCGGAUCAAGACGUAAUCGAUUGGCUGUUGGAAAAUCUUAUCGAUCAAACUCGCACCCGCCGAGGCGUGAUGAAAAAACUCAAGGAAAUGGGGCUCGUCUUCAAGGGUCCAACAAAACGAAGCAAUGCCAAUCGCAAGCAAAAGGGUACAUGGACGGCCGAAGAAGAUGCUAAGCUUGGAACGCUGUACGAAGAGUUGCGGUUGGACAAAAAUCCUCUCAAGAGCAUCGCGGAAGGGUUCGAGAAAAAGUUCACCAAACCUGCCAUUGCUCGUCGAAUGGUCAGUCUCGGGUUGAUUGCAGACGUGUCGGAAAUAAUGCCGCCGAAGCGACGCAACCACGAACGAAGGGGCGAUAGUGAUGAUGAUGACGAUGGUGGCAGCCAUAGUUCUUCACUGGAUGAUGAAGGUAGUGAGGAGGAGAAGGAUGAUGAGAAGGCAGGAGGACGGAGAGAAGGCGUAACACAGCAUCUCAAUGAACAGGACGUUAAGAAACAUCUAAAAACGCUCGGUAGCGACAUGAAGGAGGCCGUACAGUGGCUUAUUACAUGUUUUGAAGAUGUGCUCAAUCUGUACGAAGACUCGGAUCCUGCGGAAGACAACGACGGAGGUGUUCCGAUUGUUCCGAUUGCACCGCAUCAAACGGCUGCGUUGAAGAAGCUAGAAUUUAAGCGUCUGUUGCGUUCGCUCGGUGUGAUGGAUACUGGCAAACAGUUCGUCUACCAUCGCAUACCGUUCAAAUUGACGCCGGAAGCUCUGAAAAAACGAAUUGAAAUACUAACCGAAUAUUGCGAGAAGGAAGAAGGGCCCGAGUCGGAUACAUUGGAAAAGGAAAAAUCCACCUCAAACGUGAUUUCGGACGAUGAGCUAAACUCUACAGUACACAAGAGCGUUUCUAGAAACAUCCUUUCUGAUUCCUCCGAUUCUGACGUCCCGGAACAUCCGGAAAAGAAUAAUCGCAAAACAGCUGGAAAAAGAACACCACCAGAAAUUGAACGCAGAUCAAUGUCCCCCCUUGUUGUGUCAGAGGAUGAGGAUCUUACCGUUAAUCCUUCUUUUUCGGAUCGACUAGAAAAUAAUCGGACUUCACAAACACUCGCAGAAGAUGAAUCUAACGACGCACCGUCAAAUGAGGCUACCAGCGCAAUUUCCUCCAAACGCAACCGCUCAUCAGACUCAUCCGAUUCCGAGACGAAUUUGCCGCAAGUUCGCCGACGCAAAAGGGUCAAUCACAACAAACGACGAUCGCUUUCACCGCUCGUAAUGUCAGACGAUGACAACAUUACGACGGUGGCUACUAAGCAAUCCGUCUCACGACUUGUUGUAUCGGACGAUGAAAGUGAUGCGGAGGCUAGAACGGAAGCAGUGAGUGCGGAACCAGUACCGGACAAACGCAACCGGUCCGAUUCCCCAACGGAAGAAAGACCUACGGCCCAGAAGACGCGCAGAAGGGCCGUUAUCAGCAGUGACGAGGACUAA